UCAUACCCAAUGGAUACUAGUUAUGGACCCAAAAGGCCCGUGAUGGACCACUUUUGGGACUGUUGAAAAAUAUGAACCCAAACGGAACGCGAUGAAAAUUGAAGAACUACACUUUCUAUAGGAGUAGCGAAGGAAACGGAAGCAAGGAAAAAGGGCAUAUCGAAAAUAAGCGAAUGGGGGAGUCAUUGUUUACUGUUUCACAAAGCUCACUUCUUCAGUUUCCCCAACCGAAACUUGGAUUCAACAGCAGAAUCUCGACUGCUAACCGCUUUCCGAGAUUUGCGACGGUGCCCCGGAAUCAUCGGCUCCAAUUGAAGGGGAUCACUGCAGCUGGGGUGGUGUCUUCUGAUGCAAGUACACCCACUAUAGUUUCCAACACCGUCGGUUCCGCGAAGGAUGGGAUCGGGUUCGAGGCAGACACCGGAGGCGGCGGUGGGGACAAAUUUGAUGACAACAGCGGCGGAGGAGGCGGUGGUGGGGAUAAUAGUGGCGGAGGUGAUAGAGGGGACGAGGGAGAGGGGGAGGCUUUUGACGACGAGAGCAGGAAAAAGAUGGGUUUGUCUAUGUCCCAGAAAUUGACCCUUGGAUAUGCCGUUCUAGUGGGAUUGGGUGGUGUUAUGGGCUAUAUGAAGAGUGGAAGCCAGAAGUCACUUCUAGCUGGAGGAUUAUCUGCCUCACUGCUGUAUUAUGUUUUCACUCAGCUUCCCACAAGGCCAGCUUUUGCAUCCUCCAUAGGGCUUGGUAUAUCUGCUGCACUUCUGGUUAUGAUGGGUUCCCGAUUCAAGAGGUCAGGGAAGGUUUUCCCUGCUGGUGUUGUAUCUCUUGUGUCCCUUGUGAUGACAGGGGGCUACCUACAUGGCAUCAUGCGUAGUCUGCAUUAGAAUGCAUGCGAGCAUACUCCCUUUGUGGUUACUUUUAAUUUUUGGCCAACAUCUUUGUGGUUAUUGGACACAGUGAUUUUAUGUAGAGAGAUCUCAACCGUGUUGAACUUUGAAUGUAAAAGCUUUCAAGAGAUCAUCAUGCGCAGUUUGUAGACAGCUGGGUAUUUUGAACAUGUGUUUUCAACGAAGUUAUGUCAUGUUUGUCUUUUACUUCGUCACUACUUGUUUCCAUGAAAAUCUCACCCACCCAUCCAUGUUCUUCAUUGCAAUUAACGUGAUAGGUAAAA